AUAUCCAAAACCAGGCACGCAAAAUCCUAUAGCAAAGCUACGCGUGGCCGAUAUACAUAAUCCGGAAGACAUUAAAAUAAGAGAUCUACAACCGCCACAAGUACUACAAAAUGAAGAUCACUACUUCAGCAGUGCCAGUUGGGUGAGUGAAACGGAAAUCUGUGUAGUUUGGUUGAAUCGUCCACAGAACAUUUCGGUGGUCAGCAUCUGUAAGAGUCCACUGUUUAUAUGCGUUGAGACGCAUCGUGUGAGCGGCGAUGGACGCGGUUGGGUGGACACAGUAUCGGUGCCAUUGUUUGCAGCGAAUGCAACUUCCUAUGUUGCCAUAUCGCCAUUGCGUGACGGUGCUUCCGGUUACUUCCGACAUAUUGUGCACGUGCAUGUGGCCAAAAAACGCGUACUACCACUAACGCACGGGCAAUACGAGGUGAAUGAGUUGCUACAUUGGGACCAGCUGAAUAAUUGGAUCUACUUCCUGGGCACACCGGAACGCAUGCCGGGGCAACAGCACCUGUAUCGCGUAUCCGCUUUGCCACCGCGACAUGGCUCCGCACAUCAGCUGCCCGACUGUUUGACAUGCCCGACGCAAUUGCGCAACAGCUACCAAAAUGCCGAGGGUCAUACCAAACCGCCGCCGAAACUGGUGACCGCUUGGGAUGACGACUGGGAGGACUCGGAGGAGCGUCAAACUUUACCACCACCCACGUUGACGCCGGAACAUAAAUACCCGAAAACGUCACACGCGCAUACGGAGCCCAAUGAAUGUCUCUAUCACACAGCCAAAUUUCCGUUGGGAUUGCAAGCGCGUUAUGUGCUCAUCGAAUGCUUGGGUCCAGUGGUGCCGACGACUAGUGUUUAUGCGCUCACAAGCUUCUAUGCUGGCGAGCAUGGUAAGAAGUUAUUACCUAAGAAAAGCGAAGCUUUGGAACUGCUAGUGACUGUGCAGAAUAAUACGCGUUUGAAGGAGAAGAUGUUGCGUACCGCGCUGCCACAGAUAAAAACUUUCCCGGUUAUGAUUUCGGGUGGCUAUCAUGCGCAGGUACGUUUAUAUUUACCGCCGGUGCUGCGCGAAGAUGAGAUCACACGUUAUCCGACGAUACUGCACGUGUACUCGGGUCCGGGUACACAACUAGUGACGAGAAGUGGACACGACUGGAACUACUUAUUUGUCGGGAACGAAAGAUUUAUAGUCAUUGAGAUCGGACGUGGUUCAUCCGGCCAGGUUAUCAGCUGUCAUGAGAUCUACAAGCGUCUCGGUUCGGUUGAAGUAUCCGACCAGCUGGAAGUGAGUGAAUAUUUGCGUGAUAAUUUGCAUUUUAUCGACGGCCGUCGUAUGGGUGUGUGUUGGAGUUAUGGCGGUUAUACGGCCGCUCUGGCGUUGGCGGGCACACAGUCGAUCUUUCAGUGCGGCAUCAGUGCGCCGGUGACGAAUUGGAAGCUUUACGUUCCAUACGCUGAGCGCUAUCUUAUUCCGAAUGUGACUGACAACUACAAAGGCUACGAGGAGGGUGACUCCAAGUAUGUGGAUAAUUUGCGCGAUCGUCAAUUCCUUGUGCAUGGCACCGCCGAAGACAAUGUGCAUGUGCAACAGUCGAUGGUAUUAGCGCGUGCGCUCACCAAUAAAGGUGUACUCUAUAAACAGCAAAUCUAUCCCGAUGAGGGACAUACUUUGGCGGGCGUGAAACGACAUCUCUAUCGCUCAGUGACGAGUUUCUUCGAGGAUUGUUUAAGAAGCUGGUGCCGUCCGUAUCGAAGGCUGGAAGUGAAAAUAGCAAUGGUAGUGAUAUGCAAAAGCAAUAAAAUUGUGGAAAUGCUUUAAUAUCGAUUAAUUUCCAUUGAAUACUAGUAGUGGAAAAAUCAAAAGCACCUGAAGGUAUACACAAACACUUUUGAAUACUUUUUAUGAUUUAUUUUGAGUAGUUUCGAAUUUAUACUACAAUUUGGACAUGGAAAAAUCAAAUUUAUAUAAAACUGCAAGAAAAUCGAAAAAAUUUGCUGCCUUAAUAUAAUUUUUAAAAUAAUCCACAAUUAAUAAUCGGCAAUAUUAAAAGCGCUCGUUAAAGAACCAAUAUGAGUUUAAUGAGACAUAAGCUCAACAAAAUUUAAAUUAUAAGGCCUAUGAGAAAAGCAUCCCACAGGCGGUCAGAAUGCAGUAUAUUAGGGAUAAGAUUUACGCCGGUUUAAAACACGAGCACUAUUAUCAGAAAAAUAUUCUCCCUGAAGUUUACUUAUAUUCCUUAGAGUUUUACUGAUAUUUAACGUAAAAAAUCAGCUGUUGGCACUAAGAUCCUCAUUUUCGCUAUCUGGGUACUAAAAAAGUUUAGGUUCGAUUUGACUUUAUUUUAAACGUGAGGUGGCAAACUUUUGAGGUACUAUCUGCUAAAGGUUUUUUUCCAUACCUUUAUUGGUGCUUGAUUUAUAUUAUAAAAAAUGAAAUAUUAAGAGGGAGUUCAAAAUAUUGAUAUAUUGGAAGUAGUAUUUCACAAAAGAACACAAAAAUACCGGGCCAAUGUCGUACAUCACAUUUGGUAGAAAUUGGUCCUGAAGUUCCUAAGACAAAAGAUUUCCCACAAAGGCUCCGCCCAUCUGCAGCAUUAACCAUCUCAUGGAUUCAAACUCAUCUUGUCACCUUGAUCAUUUGUAUAUAUAUAACUCUAUACCUAUACCCAUUAGUUUAGGUGUUACCAACAACCGUUAGGUAAAAAAGGCUAUACUACUUUGUAGCAACCUGUUACGAGAGUAUAAAUAUUAUUGAACGUUUAGGAAAUUAAAAUCUUUCGUGAGCAUUUUUUUAAAUUGUUUCUUUGCUCAAUAUCGUUAUAAUUUUCUAUUUAAAUAUAUUUUUUUUGUAUUUGGCACCAUACCUCUCAUAGCUUUCAGCUGCGGAUGACCAUACCCAAUGUGUGUUGGAAUUGCUUGAGCAAGACGGCGAUCUUAAUUCAUAACGCGCGUAGGCGUGACAUCGUUAGCACAGGGUGGCUAUUUAGAUGCGGUAAAAUAUUGAUAAAAGCCGGUGCUAUUAGGGAUACGAAAUUGGUGGAUCGCGCCAUACCCGUUUCACAGCCGCACGAAACGGCUAUCGCUACGUGCUAUCCUUGCUCAUCACGGCGGUCGCCAAUUCCGAUAUGUAGCGAAUAGAGGGUGCUACACCACUUUGGUUCGACAUACAAACGAGACACGAUCACAUAUAUACGGUGUUGUUGUAAAACAGCGUCUUUGUAAAUAGAGAACGCUGUAACGAUGCAACGCCACUCGUUAAGGCGGCUCAUAAGGGAUACGCGGCGCUUGUGACUGAACUCUUGAAAUACCGACCUAAUUAUCGGUGGAAGAACUAAUUCGGUAAAAUAUGUGCAAUUUAUGAAUAAGUAUUCCAAAAAUCAUGUUUCAAAAGUUUUUUCGAAAUAUUAAUAUUGAAAUUCGUAUUCCACCAUACACAUAUGGUAUACAUACUAACUUAUGCUAUAAUCUUUGUUACUAAAACUGUAAUUUUUUAAAAAUUGUAUUAAAUGCGCAUAUUAAAGAGUACACGGAGCUCUGAUUGGGUUAGUGAAAUAAAAAAUUUUGAAUAUCUGAAAA